AUGACCGCCGGCGAAUUCUAUAACAUCGUGAAGCUUGUGCCCAAACCGGGCAAAUUCAACGAGCUUUUGGAAGCUUUCAAAUCAUUCUCGGAGCAUGUCCAGACAAACGAGCCAAAGACACAGAUCUACUGUGCUCUUCGUCCUGACAAGACCGAGGAGUUGGUGUUUAUUGAGAAGUAUACCGACCUGGACAAUCUGAAGGCCCAUGGGACGUCCCCUGAGUUCAAAAAGUUCUCUAAGGCUAUUGGGCCUUUGCUUGCACGGGCUCCGGAGAUGACGAAAGCUGACUUUGUUGGCGGGUUCGAGGGAAGAUCGAAGCUUUAG